GCAGGCCGGGAGAGGGGAGUGCUGGAGAGUUCAAGGAUGGAUUGUGAGUCGGGGAGUUUGCCUGGUGGUGUUGUUGGUGGCUCUGGUUGGUGUGGGCGUGGGCAUGGGCGUGGGCGCUGUGCUCGCGGGACAGGAGGUGGUUCUGGGUGUAAUUACGAAAGUAACUCAGGCCUCUCAGGCGACUGGUCCUUGUGGGCGAGACUGGACCAGGUGAUACCGGAGCCCCCGGGGAUGUGGGCGAGGCUACAGGUUGUGUAAACAUUGAGCAAAGUCAAAGAGCGCACCGAGGUUUACAUGGAGGCAGAAAAACGAGGCGAGAUGGAAGACGUUGUCAAAGGGGGUGAAAUUUGCGGUGGGUAUCGUAACAAGCACGUCGCGGUUUAGUGGUUGGGAGAUUUGGGGUUUUGCUGAGGGGGGCGUUCAGAGCCUAGGCUUCCCCUAGGCGCGACUGAUAGGGCAGAAAGGUCAGCAGCAGCCAUGUAUGGUUCAACCGCUUCGGUCGGCCAGGCCGCCACACCCGCAGGACCGAUGGGAAACUCUUACAGUCUAGUAGUAGCUCAGUGUUCCAGAAAUAUCUGGGAUAAUUACCUUACUUCCAGGUUUUCUGAUAUCCCAGUGUUUAUUUUUCCGUCCUUCCUGUCGUGUCCCCUCACGAAGUCGAACAGCCAAGAUUCUGUCUGUCGUAGGAGUCGGUGUCGAGGUCAGCCGUUGCAGCUUUGUCUCUGCUCUGCGCGGCGCAUGAUUUGAUCAACCCUGCUUUUUACAUCACUUGGCUGGGCCAUGCGCACUGUGUUGCUGGCUGUGUGUGUGUGCUUGGCCAGCUGCAGGCUGGUGAUGGUGCAGGGUAGUCGCAGCCUUACGUAAGGCACACCCAUAGUGCUGCUGCGAAUUUCUUAUCGAUAAGCUCAAGAACAUCAUGGAUGGAUCUGCCUUGGUGGGUGCUUGUUGAGUUGCGCAACCCCCUCAGGAAGAUCGCAUUUGAUAUUUCAGCCUCGCGCAAGCCGGAUUGUCACCUGGUCUGCUGCUGCCGGACCACUCGCCGCAGUCAUGUUUAGAUCCUGCCGGCCCACGAGGCUGUUGAACCAGACACAUCUGCCAUGGCACCCCGCGAGGCCGAGUUACUCGCCUGUCGGCCCAAGGCGCUAUGCCACUGAACAUGUCUUGAAAUACGAAAGGGCACAUCGGGAGGCAAAGGCUAAUAAACGUGCAACAAGAGACCCAACAGAAACCGACAAGAUCACCACGCUACCAAAUGGAAUUCGAGUCGCCUCUGAGGAUUUGCCCGAUGCCUUCUCGGGAGUGGGGGUCUACAUCGAUGCCGGGUCACGAUACGAGAACGACUCCCUCCGGGGAGCCAGUCACAUCAUGGACAGGCUAGCCUUCAAGUCGACAAGAUCACGAUCAGCGGACGAGAUGUUGGAGACAGUAGAGCAACUGGGCGGCAAUAUCCAAUGCGCUUCUUCCAGAGAAUCCAUGAUGUACCAAGCAGCAACCUUCAACUCUGCCAUUCCUACCACCGUGGAACUGUUGGCCGACACGAUCCGAAACCCCCGAUUGACCGACGAGGAAAUUGCUCAACAACUCGAGACGGCCGAGUACGAAGUGGGAGAGAUUUGGUCCAAACCGGAGCUGAUCUUGCCAGAGUUGGUUCAUACAGCUGCUUUCAAGGACAACACAUUAGGGAACCCCUUGCUCUGCCCUCAGGAGAGGCUGAGCGUUAUCAACAAGGACGUUAUCCAGGCCUACAGGGACGCCUUCUACCAACCAGACCGCAUGGUAGUGGCCUUUGCCGGUGUUCCUCACGCCGAGGCCGUUGAGCUUGCACAGAAAUACUUUGGUGAUAUGGAGCGUUCAAGACCGGUUGUAUCAGAACCAACCACUCCCACCGACUCAUCAAGCGAGGCCUCCUCAGCUGCCUCAACACCACCAACAUCCCCAGAACCCGAACAACCCUCCGGCCUGUUUGGCAAGAUUCUCAAGAACCUCGCCCCACAACAGUCAUCUUCCCCAUCCUCAAUCCUUCGCCCAGUAGUCACCCCCAUCACCGAAGCCGACCUCAACCGUCCAGCUACCUAUACCGGCGGCUUCCUCACCCUCCCAACUCAGCCCCCACCAAUCAACCCCAAUCUCCCCACAUUUUCCCAUAUCCACCUCUGCUUCGAAGGCCUUCCCAUCUCCUCUCCAGAUAUUUUUGCCUUGGCCACUCUUCAAACCCUUCUUGGCGGCGGCGGCUCCUUCUCCGCCGGCGGCCCAGGAAAGGGCAUGUACUCUCGUCUGUACACCAACGUCCUCAACCAACACGGCUGGGUAGAGUCCUGCAUAGCCUUCAACCACUCCUACAAGGACUCUGGUCUCUUCGGCAUCGCAGCCUCAUGUUAUCCAGGUCGCACCAUCCCCAUGCUCCACGUCAUGUGCCGCGAGCUCCAGGCUCUCACCCACGACUCGGGGUACACGGGCCUUGGAGAGGUAGAGGUCAACCGGGCCAAGAACCAGCUCCGGUCGAGCUUGCUGAUGAACCUGGAGAGCAGGAUGGUUGAGCUGGAAGAUUUGGGAAGACAGGUGCAGGUUCACGGGAGGAAGAUCCCAGUGAGGGAGAUGACGCGCCAGAUCAACCGGUUGACGCCGAAGGACCUGAGGAGGGUGGCGAAGCAGGUGCUUGGUGGGUUGGUGAACAACCCGGGCGGGGGGUCAGGGGCGCCGACGGUGGUGUUGCAGGAGGCGAGUCAACAUGGGAGUGGGAGGCAGGAGGUGAUUGGGUGGGAGCAGAUACAGGAUAUUAUUGCUAGUUGGAAGUUGGGGAGGAAUUAAAUGGGUGGGCAAGUGAGGAGAGAGUGUGUAAGAUAGGGUAGGGUAGAUAGAUGUAUCUGUGAAAUGAGAGAAAUGUACAAACAUUUAAAGUAGGUACCCUGUAUUGACGGGUUUUGUGUUUGACAACAGGG